AUGGUCAUUCAUCCCUUCUUAGAGUCAUUACCCACCCAGGAAGGAAAAGAUAAAGUCAGCCUCACUCACUCUCCUAAGAGAUUGUGAUCUAAGCCCCAGAAAAGCACCAUCUCAGACUUUGUUAUAUAUAUCAGAAAUUGAAAGGGAGUUUUGCUCGCUUGAACAAUCCUCUUUUAGUUUUACUUUGAUCAUUGCACCUCUACUGCACUUCUCAAAUUUGGAAGCCCAAAAAAGAAAAUACAGGAAGAAACAAAAAUAUUGCCUUACUUUCCUGUGUUCGAAGCAGAGUUUUAUAACAAGUCGUAAGCAAAAAAUCGAAGCAGACAAGUUUUGUGAAUGUGCACGGUAUUUUGACGGUUCUGGUGGCUUAAGUUAGUGAUUGGUUUUCUGUAAUUUGGUACUUGGUGGUGAUGUUAUUUCGAUAUAUGUGAAGAACAUAAGAGGCUAUGGAGAUUUUAGAAGUCAUGGAUAAUGAUGUUAAAUCGUGCAAUGGUGGGAUGGGGAGUUUAGAGGUCAUGCGUAAUGGUUUUCAAUCAUGCAAUGGUUUGUUGGUGCAGCAUAAUUAUAGUGUGAAAGAAAAUGAGAAUCCGGAUGUUGAUCUUCUUGAGGAUUUGGACUCUUACAUGGAAGAUAUCAACGAACGGUUGACCAUAUCAAGGAUGGUGAGUGACACGGUCAUCAAGGGUAUGGUGAAUGCAGUAACAGAAGAGGCAGCUGAGAAAAUUGCUCAGAAAGAACAAGAGGUGACUAAAUUGAAGGAAAUGUUACAUAUUUAUCACGUGGAUGUUCAUGAGAACGAAUUCUCGGGGUCUUUAGUAAUGCUCCGAGAGUCAAGAGGUACCCAAUACGGACUUACUCAUAUGGGUAGCAAAGAUCGAAUGCAGCAGCCUACUUCAUUUGAAGCUGUUGCUGGGCAUGAUAGAAUAGCAGAAACUUUGGUCCACUUAAGAGGGACUACUAAUGAGGAAUUCAAGAAGCUCAAAAAAGAAAUUGAUAGCAUAAGAGAGCGUAAUUCAAUGAAGAGGAUUAGUUCCAGUUCUGGUUUGGGUGACAUACUGCAAGAUAAAGUAUCUGACAGGUGGGAUGUGGAUAGAACCUUGGAUAGUCUAAAGACUACAAUAGAAAGUGUCUAUCAACAGGUGGAAGAAAUGGUUCACUUGUCAAAGGCAUCAGUAUAUGAGUGGCAGGUGGAGCAGGAGUUUAAAGAAAAAAUUGAAGGAGAAAUUGAAGCGCUUGUGAUGAGGAAUUGUAUUUGGAGCGUUGAAGAAAACAUGUGGGAUUGCUUUUCUGGUGCAAAAAAUGUGAACUGGGAUGGAAGGAUCAAAGGGAUAUCAAGUAUACGUGACGAAUUAGAUGCUAUUUCUAAAUCACUAUCUGUCUCUGACAAUGGGCAGCUAUCUUCUCAUGGAUCCUUGGAAGGUGAAGAAGAGAGUAGCAAUGGUAAAAAGGGUGCCGGUUCUUACCGCGAGGUAUUGAACAAUCUUAAAUCAGCAUCAUCAUUACCAUCAACAAUAACAACAACAGCAACAACAUUAUCACCAUCAGCAUCAUCAUCUUCAUCUGUUCGGGAAGAAAAUGGUAUACAUGAUGAGUCAGAAAUAAAUAUGGAAGAAGAUUUAGAUCCAGCUGCCUUGCUUAAGCAUAUGAAGAAAUGUAAGAAUGAGAUUACUGAAUUGAAGAGAAAUCAUGAGUUAGAAAUACAAGAUCUGACUGAGCAGCAUUUCAGCCACAUGAAGGAAUUGCUGAAAGAAAGGAGACCGUCUUUAACAUUGAAGAAUAAGUUCGAUAUGUUGAGAAAGAGAAUCUCUGAGGUGAUUUCUAAAGUAGAUGAAAUUCUUGUAGAAAGGGAACAAGUAGCUACAUUGCUUCCCCAUACAUUUGGCAGCAAUGAAGAAAGUGUCAGCAGUUUGAAAGAUAGACUGGAAUCCCUCCUCUCAGAAAACCACCAACUCAGAGAUUUGCUUGAAGAUAAGAAGAAAGAAAUUAAUUGCCUUUCACUACAAGUUUCUGAAGCUGCAGAGAAGCUGUCGCAACACUCUCUGGCUGAGGCAGAGUUAUUGAAAACAGCUGGAAAUCUUAAAGCAGCUAUGGAAGAUGCGUGUAUUGAAUCUUCACUUGGUGAAGAUUUACUUGCUGGUAUUGUUAGGGAAGUGGUGGAUGAGAUUAAACGCAUUGCUGAAGAGUCACAGUUGGAGAAUAGUAUUAUGAAUGAAGAUUUGAAUAUGGAGUCCAUCAUCACGCAAGAACUAUGUGGUGUUAUGUUCAAAGAUGAUGAGGAGAAACUCAGUGAGCUGAACAUUAAAUAUAUUGAGGAAUAUGAACUUUGGGUUUUGCAGGAGAUGGACAAACGAGAAAAGGAAAAACAAUUAGAAGUGGAGGUUGCAAACAAAGUGAGAUUACAGAAAGAAGUACAUUUUCUGGUAGAAGAAAAGGAGCAGUUGGCACGAAAUGCAGCAGCUGCAUUGGAAAUCGAAAUAGAAAGAUAUGAAUCAGCUGCUCAAGAGGUUGAAAAUUUAAGGGGCGAGACGUGUCAACAUCAGAAAUUGAUUUCAGAAAGCGUUGAAGAGUCAAAUGCUGCAAAGCGUGAUUUGGCUGAGGCGUUGGAGCAAAAUGAAGAAAAGGAGCAGUUGGCGCGAGAUGCAGCAGCUGCAUUGGCAAUCGAAAAAGAAAGAUAUGAAUCAGCUGCUCAAGAGGUUGAAAAUUUAAGGGGUGAGAUAUGUCAACAUCAGAAAUUGAUUUCAGAAAGCGUUGAAAAGUCAAAUGCUGCAAAGCAUGAUUUGGCUGAGGCGUUGGGGCAAAAUGAAAGACACAAGGCAGACAUAUGUAAGUUAGAACAAAAGCUUGAAGCAGCAGUGAAAGUGCUGAGGCAAGUUGAGGAAGACAGAAGGAGGCUUCUUGAUGUCAACCAAGAGAAGCAGAAUGCUGUAUCUUUGUUCGAAGCAAAAGAAAGGGAGCUUAGCGAGCAACUGAAAUCAAUAGCUGUCCAUAUCAGUGGAUUAUUGAAAGCGUUCACUUAUUUUGAAUGUAGAGUGACACAAGAUAUUUCAGGGAAAUGUUCGAGGUUGAAAAGUUUGACUUCUCAAUCACAUUUGCUUAAACAAAAAGCUGAUGUACUUGUAAGACGAGGAUUGCUGUACAAGCAAAGACUGGAAAAGAAAUGUUCUGACCUUGAGAAAGCUGAAACUGAGGUCGAUCUUUUGGGGGAUAAGCUGGACACUCAGUUGAAUCUUGUCGAAAAAAUAUACAUUGCCCUUGAUCAUUAUUCACCAAUAUUGCAGCAUUAUCCUGGAAUAACUGAGAUCUUGGAGCUGUUAAGAAAGGAAUUAAGUGCAAAAUUUAGAUCUGUUUGAUCUGCCCUUUGACUUGGGAUAUUGAUUGCCUUAUUCAAAACAACCAAAAUCGAAAGAAAUGCUUGAAAGAUAUUGUAUUGAUUAUGUGAUUAUAUUGUGAUAAUACAAUUAUAUAGGAGCAAGCGAAUUGUUUUUAAAGAAAAGAAUAUUCUACUCUAGACAAUUAUAUUCUAGAGAUAGAAACAAUAUAAUGAUAAUGAUUUGUUUCAUUUUAUGUCUCAACACUCCCCCUCAAGUUGGAGAGUGAAUAUUGUGAACUCCCAAAUUGCCAACAAUAUAUUCAAAAGAAGAUUUGCCCAAAGGUUUGGUGAAGAUAUCUGCAAUCUGUUGUGAGGAAGGUGUGUAGGUUGUCUGUAUCUUCCUUGACUUCAUGUAUCGCCGCACCACAUGGCAACCUAAGUCAAUAUGAUUGGUUCUCUC